AUGCCUUGUUGGUACUAUGAGAAGAAGGACUUGCUGAACACUCCUUCAGUGAGACAGGGCAUGUCUCCAGAUACAGAAAGUAGAUACAGAAGAGAUGGGGCCAGGUUCAUUAUAGAUGCAGGUGCAAAAAUGGGAUUAAAAUAUGACACCUGUGCAACCGGAGUUGUGUUGUUCCACAGAUUCUAUAUGUUUCAUUCUUUCAUCGAAUUCCCAAGAUGUGUUACAGCCGCCUGUUGCUUGUUUUUGGCUGGAAAAGUUGAGGAAACUCCAAAAAAAUGCAAAGAUCUGAUAAAGGUUACAAAGAGCAUGUUAACUGAUGCCCAGCUUGCUACAUUCAAAGAAGAUCCAAGGGAAGAAAUUAUGACGCUAGAAAGAAUACUCCUACAAACCAUUAAAUUUGAUUUGAUAAUAGAACAUCCCUAUUCAUUUUUGUUAAAGUUUGCCAAACUCAUAAAAGGCGAUAAAGGUAAAAUCCAGAGACUGGUACAAAUGUCUUGGACUUUUAUUAACGACAGCCUCUGCACAACCUUAUCACUACAAUGGGAGCCUGAAGUAAUCGCCGUUGCUCUCAUGUAUUUGGCUAGCAGACUCAGUAAAUUUGAGAUCACGGAUUGGCAUGGAAAGCCACUUGGAUUCAGAGGAAAGUGGUACGACUAUUUUGUUGAAGAUGUUUCUCUGGAUUUGUUAGAAGAUAUCUGUCAUCAAGUUCUAGAUUUGUAUUCGAAGCCCCCUCAAAGAAGUGGUGAUGCAUCUCCUUCUACCAACCCUGCAAAGUCAAAAUCUAAUGUUUGUGUUUCAAUUGCUUUAUUCAUUACAUUUUGUUGUAAACAUAUUAAAAUUCAACUAAAGUAG